UAUCCAACAAGCAGAGAGCUUCACCAUUGUCCAUAGUCAUUGUUGGUUGGUUGGUUGCUACUUUCAAAGAGUUAUCUCCCUUCCACUUCCACUGCCAAAGCUGUUCCCUUUUUUCAUCUGGUUUGUGAAGUGAUUGAGAAUUGCAGUGUCAUGCCAGAAUAUGUGAGUGGGGACCUUAGCUUGUUUCAUCAUUCUUGAGAUCUGUGGUCAACCUUGGUUUCCAGAUAGACCCUCUCUUGUCACCAAAAUUUGCAGAAAAGCAUGUGCAUGUGAACGGAUCUCUUUACUUGGUGACCAAAUUCUUGAGAAGGGUUCUUUGGUUAUGGCAAUAGAUCACUACUUCUCUCAGGAAUGGAAAACCAUCCCAAAUUCGGCAGCCGAGACAGAAAGCUGCAAUGGCUGUUUUGAUUGCAACAUCUGCUUAGAUUUCGCCCGAGAACCGGUAGUGACUUUAUGUGGCCAUCUUUACUGCUGGCCUUGCAUCUACAAGUGGCUCCAUGUCCAAAGUGAUUCUCUAGCACCUGAUGAGCCACCACAAUGUCCUGUUUGCAAGGCUGAUAUAUCCCACACCACAAUGGUUCCUCUCUACGGCCGUGGCCAGGCUCCGUCUGAUAGGAAGGCAUUGUCUCGUGAUUUUUUCGUGCCCCCAAGGCCGCCUGCUUCCAGUGCUCAAUCUCUAUUGACUGCAAAUUCUCAGAGUGGACAACAGCUCCCAUAUCGAAAUCCUUAUCAGGGUCGGUAUUUAAGCCCUGAGGAGGAAGAUGCUGCCACUUCGCAGCUGCUCAAUGGUGCUACCAUGAAUCCAGGACCCCAAUACCCUUCUUUGGUUGGAAUGUUUGGGGAGAUGUUUUAUGCUAGAGUGUUUGGCAACUCGGAAAACUUGUAUGCAUACCCAAAUUCUUAUCAACCCAUGACAACUAACAAUUCCAGAUUGAGAAGGCAAGAGAUGGAGGCAGAUAAAUGCUUGAACAGAAUCUCAAUUUUUCUCUUUUGUUGCUUCCUUCUGUGUCUCAUUGUCUUCUGAAGAAGCAGCUUGAUAUUUAACUUAUUCUCUUUUCUGUUGCAUAUUUUGUAAAGAAGCAUGGACUACAAGAUAGGACAGAUUGGUAAAUUUAACAGUUAUCAGAGGCCAAAGAACAUGACAUAUGUUCUUCUAGAUUUAAUUCUAAAUAUAAGUAGUACAUGAUUGUGAAGUUAAAUUUUGUAGUGUCAUUUUCCUUUAGCUUGUUUUAUUCUACCCUAUGGAGUUCAACUAGAGUAUCUGGUACCUUUGUGGAACUAAAAGAAAAAGACUUCUUAAUAUGUAGAAUUGCUUGUUGAUAA